AUGCACACACACCCCUUCCACCGCCCACCCUGGCCAGAACCCCAGAACUGGAGCUGCUGCAGAGCCGGCCGGUGGCAGGCCCCCAGCGACCUCUACAGCGCUGCGUUUUUCCAGCAGAGUCUCACUCCCUCUACCGUUUUCUCUGGGAAUUGGUGUCUGACGCGGCUGCUCUGCACAUUAUUUAUUUAUUUCCUCUUCCUCCCGCCCAGACCCUCCUGUCAGGAGAGCUGCAGCCCAAACGGAGACAGGCAGGAAGCUACCGGGACACAGGAGGCAGAGGACGGAAGGAGGACCUCUCAGAAGCCCCCACCCGGUACAUCAAGCUCAUCAAGUCUCCCAGUGGCCAUGAGCACCAGGCAGGAGACCAGAAGAGAGGGGGGAGACUCCAGCAGGAGGGGACAGGGGGCAGAGCUUCGGGACCGAGCCCACCUGAGCCAGCAGCGCCGGCUCAAACAGGCCACCCAGUUCCUGCACAAGGACUCCGCUGACCUGCUGCCCCUGGACAGCCUCAAGAGGCUGGGCACCUCCAAGGACUUGCAGCCGCACAGCGUGAUCCAAAGACGCCUGUUAGAAGGAAACCAGAGUCGGAGUCAGGGGGAGUCUCCCCUGGUGCAGGCCCUGAUGCAUGGCCAGGAGAACAGGAGGAAGACUAACACGCCAGAUCCAGCUCUUCUGGUCAAUUGCAAGUGUCAGGACCAGGUUCUUAGGGUGGCCGUGGACACAGGCACCCACUACAACCAGAUCUCCACUGGAUGCCUCACCCGCCUGGGGUUAGGGAACAGGGACCUGGUGCCUGGACUCCCACCCCAGGUGGAGCAGCUGGAGCUACAGCUAGGCCAGGAGACUGUGGCAUGCUCAGCCCAGGUGGUGGAUGUGGAGAGUCCUGAGUUCCGUCUCGGACUGCAGACUCUGCUUUCUCUCAAGUGCUGUAUCGACCUGGAACACCGAGUGCUGCGGCUGAGCCCCUUCCCAGAGCUGCCCUUCCUGCCUUUGUACCCAGAGCCUGGCCAGUGACUGCCGGCCCCAUCAGUCCCCAGGGGCAGUCCUGUGACUUAGGGAAGAGCCAUGCGGGGUAUGGGGACAUUACUACAGCCAGGUAGCUGGGGAUCGCUUUGUCUGUGCCUUCUGUCACCACCCUGAUCCUGCUGUUCCAUUUCCCUGUCGGCCACAUCUUCCCUGCUUCUUGGCAACUUCCCUAUCCCCCAGGAGUUUUCCCAGAGAGGGCCCAGGAUCUCAGGGCUCUGGUUUCCCUGUUCUCUCUCAUUCCCCUCCAGAGAAGAGCAAAGCCAAACCGGGUCUGCAGAAAAUGACACAGCAUCCUGGCCAGUGUGGCUCAGUUGGUUGGGUGUCAUCCUGUGCACAGAGAGGUUGCCAGUUUGAUUGCCAGUCAGGGCAUAUGCUCAGGUUGCGGGCUCGGUACCCGGGGAGGGACGUGCAGGAGAUGUCUCCCUCUCACAUCAAUGUUUCUCUCUUUCCCUUCCUCUCUCUCUAAAAAUCAUUUUUAAAAUAU